UAACCCGGAGCGGAGAAGGGGUGGCGGGUCUCCAGGAUUAGGUGCCAGGUCCCACUUUUGAAUCAUCUUUCCACAGGAAUCAGAGACCAACAAAUGGGCCGGAGACCAUUGAGGCGAUGAAGAAGGUGCUUCGGCAGAAUGGCGCUCAGUUGCUCCGACCAAAAAGUCCACAAGCACCCUCUACGGACACAAGGCCAAAGGGCUAGGCUGCCUCCUCACAGCGUCAACUGCCCGUACCCUUUCUAUUACGCCUCAUUUUACUCUUGACAACUCUUUUUCACCUCCGGAAUCCAGGUGCGGCCAGCCUCACCAGAGCCCACGUUUGUCUUGACAGCGAGCACGUCUGACAGGACUUGACUAGGCGGGCGCCAGCGAGGCCGUCUCACCGCCCACGUGACGUGAGGGCCCAGCCGGAAGGGGCGGGCCUUCCGCCCGGAAGCGGGGCCCCCGUCACUAUGGCUUCUCGUGGGGUUGUUGGUAUUUUUCUACUCUCUGCUCUCCCCCUCUUGUGUCUGGAGCUCCGGCGUGGGAUACCAGAUCUGGGAAUCAAAGAUCUAAUUUUGCUGUGUGGCCGGAUUUUCCUACUGCUUGCUCUUCUUACAUUAAUUAUUUCUGUGACUACCUCAUGGGUUAACUCGUUUAAACCUUCCCAAGUUUAUCUGAAAGAAGAAGAAGAGAAGAACGAGAAAAGGCAAAAACUUGUGAGGAAAAAACAAGAAGAGGCACAAGGUGAAAAGGUCAGCAGAUACAUAGAGAAUGUUCUAAAACCUAGCCAGGAAAUGAAGCUGAAAAAGCUGGAAGAACGCUUUUAUCAGAUGACGGGUGAAACCUGGAAGUUAAGCAAUGGUCAUAAACUUGGGGGUGAUGAAGAUUUGGAGCUUGAUAGUGAGAGUCCGACGUCUUUUGAAACAUCAAACAGAGAAGCAGCAAAGAGACGGAACUUGCCUAAGCCUGUAACCAAAGUUUUACCACCCACGGAGCAGCCCAUGAAGAAGGAGGUUCUUGAUUUUCCUGAAGAACCUCCUGAAACAGCUGAAGAAGUCGUGACUGUAGCUCUCCGCUGUCCAAGUGGGCGUGUCCUGAGGAGAAGGUUUUUUAAGUCUUGCAGUUCACAGGUCUUGUUUGACUGGAUGAUGAAGAUUGGGUAUAGCACAUCCCUAUACAGCCUUUCUACUUCCUUUCCCAGAAGGCCUCUGGAAGUGGAGGGAGGCUGGUCACUGCAGGACAUUGGAAUAACUGUGGAUACUGUACUCAACGUGGAAGAGAAAGAGCAGAGCAGCUAGUUUAGAAAUGCCAACUAGCUGUUUUACAUGAAAUCAGUUACACCAUGACCUUAGAGGACAAUAGAGGAUUCACAUUAAAAUCAUGCCAUAUGUUGAUUGAGCUCAAGGCCAUAAACAUUUCAAUGUUGAUCUCCAUGGAAAUGUAUGGACAUAAAGUAUUACAAAAGGAUUGCUCUCUACAUAUAAUAAUUAGGGAGUGUGCCAUAUUACAAUGUACCAAAUGAGGAUGAGAUAGAAAUGUAUACAGUAAGGUGCUCAUUAAUUUGUAUUUUCCCCAGCUGACGUCAUUUAUCAGUUUCUUCUUUCAUUGGCCUUGCCAUAGUGAACAUUUCACCAUUCAAACUCUUUAAGGUCUUCUAAGUAGGAAUGUUUAGUUUGCUGUAUUUCCAGAAAUUAAACUUUGAAAAUGUUUCAAAGCUCUUUUUAGACUUCAGAGUUCUUUGUGAUAGUAAACAUUGUACUCAUGUUUACUUAA